GAUUCUCUUCCUGCUCAUCCCGAUUGCUCGAUCGCCGCUGAUAGUGACCGGAGCAACUUGAAACUCCGAAUUGACAGAACCACGUUUAUGAGUGCACAAACAAUGUCGCCGAGCUCGCAGUGAUCGACCAAUUAUCCGCACGAUUGUUUAUCGAUCCGAUAAACCGUAAUUGGAAUUUCGAGAGGAACCGCGUGCGCGAAGAAGAAUGGCGCUGGCAAAGAUCAGGAAUUUCAUCGACAGCGGCCUGAAGACCGUGUCCACGCCUUUGGAUCGCACGGUGAAUCUGGAGCCGGAAGUCGGCAUAAGAAUCGUGCACUCGUUGAACGACAAGGCUCUUCACGUCACGGUGCUCGGUGCCAGACACCUGCCCCAGAACUUUGGCUUCACCAGAGUCAACAGCUACGUCGUAAAGGUGAAGCUAAUUCCCGGCAAGGAAAAGUUCGAGACCACCACGAGAAACGAGUCCUGGCCGCAGUGGAAUGAGGAGUUCACUUUUCUUCUGCGCAAAGAAACCAAACAGAAGUUCGGUAAACCGAAAGUCGUCGAGGAGGAGAUUAACGGUUCCAAAUUCAUCGUCGCGACUCUCUACGCGAUUCUCGAAGACAAGCCUUUGAUAGCGACCGAAAAGAAGGAGUCGGAUAAGGACAAGUCGCCUACGAAAGGAGAAUCGCUGAAAAAAGGCGGGAAGAAGAAGGAGGGCCAAAGUUCGUCCGAUAAUCAGGACUCCACUAAGAAUAAACUCUUCAGUCAAUUCUUUGGCAAGGGUUCCGACAAACUUGCGGAAUCCGCGACUGUGGAAAGAAAAGCCUACGACAAGAGGCGAACUGUAGGCGCGACGACGAUUCCGCUCGAUCCUAAAAACUUCAAUUCCAAACCACCGAAACCAAAACACGCCAGCGACGUGUCCACGGGAGACUUGUGGAAACCGCUGCGACCGAUCGCCAGUGGCAUCUCGGGUGCCGAGGAAAGGAGGGAAAACAAAAAAGGACAGGUCGAAUUGUCAUUAUGUUUAUCGAAGGGUGAGAAAGACGAAGACAGCGGUGGACAGCUGAUCUUGUCUCUGAGUCGUCUGAGAUGUUCACUUCAGACGAUGCACGAGCAUGAAGGUUUGAAGGGACAGAUGUAUUUGAAGAUGUCGGUUGUGGACGGUGGAAGAGUGACGCAUUUCUGGAAGAGCGAUCGAUUUGCACCGACGGUGUCUAUGAAAUUUUCGCCAGAGACAGCGAGAGUUGUCGCCGACAAUCCAUAUAAAGGAGCUCUCAAUGAUGUGAGCUUCGUUGUAAAGUUCGUCUCGAAGAAUAAAAUGGGCAAGAAGACUCCCGUAGGCCACUUUGUAAUCGGACCUGAGGUCGGCGGAACAUACGGCGAGCAAUGGAAGCAGGCUUUAGCGAAACCGGGGCAACAGAUAACGAAAUGGCAGGCGUUUGAAUAAAAAAGAAAAAAAAAAAA